AUGAAACCCGAACUCUACGAAAUCUCCGACGACGAAUGGGAGAAUCACUCUUUCAAACCCUCUCGCGUCCUCAAACGACCUCGCUCUCCACCGCCGCCUCUCGACUCCUUCGCUUAUAAACCUCCUUCUCAAACCCUUUCCUCAUCCGACGAAGACGAUUGCGUCGAAAUCAAUCCAAACACCGCUAAUACCACUGAAUGCCUCGAUGAUUUGGAGGACGCUGAUGUUGAUGACAGUAAAGCAGCUCCUGCGGCGACGUCGACGACUCGGCGGAGGUUUAUAAUCGAUGAUGAUGAGGAUGAGUUUGGCGGAGGGGAUGGGAAUGGAGAUGCUGUUGAUUUGUUUGAGAUUGAUUCGACGGAGGAUGAGAUUGAAGAGGAAAACGAAGAUGAUUUGGUUGGUAGGGCUUUGCAAAAGUGUGCUAGAAUUUCGGUUGAGUUGAAAGGUGAGCUGUUUGGUUCUUCUGGCGUUGCUUGUGAUAGAUAUUCGGAGGUGGAAACUUGUUCAGUCAGAAUUGUUACUCAGGAUGAUAUUGAUGUUGCGUGUGGGUCUGAGGAUUCGGAUUUUCAACCUCUGUUAAAGCCGUAUCAACUGGUUGGUGUCAAUUUCUUGCUUUUGCUGUAUCGGAAGGGUAUUGCUGGAGCCAUAUUGGCAGAUGAAAUGGGGCUUGGCAAAACGGUUCAGGCAAUCACAUAUUUGACUUUGUUGAAUCACUUGCACAAUGAUUCUGGUCCACAUCUUAUAGUUUGUCCUGCUUCUGUUUUGGAAAACUGGGAAAGGGAACUAAAGAGGUGGUGCCCAUCCAUUUCUGUUCUUCAAUAUCAUGGGGCUGCACGCACAGCAUACUGCAAGGAGUUAAACUCCUUAUCCAAGGCAGGAUUGCCUCCCCCAUUUAAUGUUCUUCUUGUGUGUUAUUCACUUUUUGAACGGCACAGUCCACAGCAGAAGGAUGAUCGUAAAAUCUUGAAGCGUUGGAAGUGGAGCUGUGUACUGAUGGAUGAGGCACAUGCUUUAAAGGACAAAAAUAGCUUUAGGUGGAAAAAUCUGAUGUCUGUUGCUCGAAAUGCAAACCAACGCUUGAUGCUGACAGGGACACCUCUUCAAAAUGACCUACAUGAGUUAUGGUCUAUGUUGGAGUUUAUGAUGCCUGAUAUUUUUGCUUCUGAAGAUGUUGAUUUAAAAAAGUUACUAAGUGCUGAAGAUACAGAUUUAAUAAGUCGUAUGAAGUCUAUCUUAGGGCCAUUUAUUUUGCGGCGUCUGAAAUCUGAUGUAAUGCAGCAACUUGUUCAAAAAACACAGAAGGUUGAAUAUGUCAUGAUGGUAAAGCAACAGGAACAUGCAUAUAGGGAAGCCAUUGAGGAGUAUCGUACUGUUUCACAAGCUCGGUUAACAAAAUGUUCUGAUCUGAACUCAAAAAAUGUUCUUGAACUUCUUCCUCGACGACAAAUAAAUAAUUAUUUUGUUCAGUUUCGCAAGAUUGCCAACCAUCCCUUGUUGAUAAGGCGAAUUUAUACUGAUGAGGAUGUAGUUCGCUUUGCUGGGAAGCUACAUCCAUUGGGUGCUUUUGGCUUUGAAUGUACUAUGGACAGAGUUAUAGAGGAGCUUAAAAGUUACAAUGACUUCUCCAUUCACCGGCUUUUACUUCAUUAUCGUAUCAAUGAUAGAAAGGGGGUUCUUUCAGAUAAGUACGUUAUGCUUUCUGCAAAAUGUCGGGCUCUAGCAGAGCUUCUUCCAUCACUAAAGAAGAGUGGUCAUCGUGUCUUGAUCUUUAGUCAAUGGACAUCAAUGCUUGAUGUAUUGGAGUGGGCUUUGGAUGUUAUUGGGUUGACCUACAAACGGCUUGAUGGAAGCACACAGGUAGCAGAGAGGCAAACAAUAGUCGACACAUUCAAUAGUGAUACUUCAAUUUUUGCAUGCUUGCUUUCCACAAGAGCUGGUGGACAGGGCUUAAACUUAACUGGAGCUGAUACAGUUGUGAUUCAUGACAUGGAUUUUAAUCCACAGAUUGAUAGACAGGCAGAAGAUCGUUGUCAUCGAAUUGGUCAAACAAAGCCUGUAACCAUAUAUAGACUGGUGACGAAGGGAACGGUUGAUGAGAAUGUGUAUGAGAUUGCAAAGAGAAAGCUAGGAUUAGAUGCUGCUGUUCUAGAGUCCAUGGAAGAUAUCAAAGAAGGGGACAUGCCUGAGAAGACAAUGGGGGAGAUAUUGUCUGCAAUUUUGUUAAAAUAUUGA